AUGGUCGCCAACCUUUCUUAUGAUACCGUUGCAAAAGUAGUUGAUAGUUUUGAGGCUCUUCGCCGCAUUGAAAACUACAACGAGAAAGCUGGGGUGCUGAUAUUCAAGAAAUUCUUUUCAGUGGAGCCACGAGCCAUCAAGGUGUUUUCCUUUGGACGAAGCAUUGACUCGUAUUCCGAGGAUUUGUUACGGAACAGGCAAGUGAUUGAGCAUGGCAAACACUACGUGAAGAUGGUCGACAGGGCUAUUGACUUGCUAGGACCCGACAUUGAAUUAUUGACUGAAAUAUUUCUCGAGCUUGGAAAGCAGCAUGAACGUUUUGGGGUCCUGCCGGAAUUUUAUCCACCAAUGGGCCAGGCCUUGUUGUCUGCCCUCUCGGAGCUUCUAGGCGACAAGUUCACAGAACCAGUACGUGCUGCAUGGGUGAAAUGCUAUCAAGCUUUGGCUGAUGACAUGAUACGGGCCACGCAACUGAAGGAAUGA